CCCAAGUUCGUGUUAUGUUACCGAGAAGUCAAUAGAAGGCUACGGGUUUACUGCGUGUCACAUUAGAACGGAGACUCGGGGAGAGAUAAAGAUGUUUUCAGUGAAUGGUUACUUUUGAUUUACACCUCAAAUUUUUUUUUUUUUUAAAUCCAAAAAAAAACAAAUGUAAAAAAAUCAUGCAUAUGGAGUUUAAAUACUAACGGCGCUGGUGUGCUAUGCAGAUAGUCUCGAUUAUCUUCAUCCUGCCCGUCUGGGGACUUCUCGAGACUGUCGAGCUCUACCCACGACGUCACACACAACCACAGAAGAAUUGGCUGUUCCGGAAAUCCCUCUCUCUGGAGAAACGGCGGCUUGUUGCCAGGACGUGCAGUGUAGAGAGUAAGACGUUCCAGCCCGGAGAGAAGUUUGUUCUAGCCAGGACCGGACCCUGUGUCACCUACCUCUGUAGACCGUCAGGGGGCUACACCGUUAUCAAUCAGGGAGCCCAUUGUCGUGAUGGGGACACUUGCUGGUCACUAAACUCCAUCAGGACUCGCGCAUGCUCAAUAGAAAUGUGUGUACAGAAUGACGACGGUGAUACCGAUUUUGUCACGGUGCAGGAAGGAUGUGACUUUCACAACAAAUGCCAUCGGGUGGGCACCACGUGGUACCACGACUGCAACCUCUACAUGUGUAAAAUAGAAAUCACCCAUUUAGGGAUAGUCUUCAAAGUGGAGCUGCUAGGCGGACGUUGUCGUGACGUCAAUGGACUGUGCCACGAUCUCGGGGACUUCUUCCCUUACAAGAUAAGUGACACGGUGUAUGGAUACUGCUCCUGUACUUUUGCAGACGGACAGUUCAGCUACAAUUGUCUCCCUUAGAUCAUUCUGUUACAUGAUGUGUAAUUAAUACACCGUAUAACAUUUGAUUCCACUUAGAUGAUUAUAUCGGAAAGAGAGUGAUUCGUGAGUCAGUGCUUUAUAAUAAUUGUCAUAACUUGUCACGGGGAUCCUAUAAUACCCGUAACUGAAUGAAACACGAUUAUCCAAAUAUCUCUCCUAACUGUAUAUCUAUUAGAUCUCUCUGUAACGGGCGGUUAUACCCGCUGGCUCGUC